UGCGGCAGGGGUCUGUCUGCCGCUGCCGGCUCCUUUCGUUGAGUGACCCUACGUCAUCGUAUCUCCGUCACCCAUUCCCGCAUUCACCCCUCCAUUAGUCACACGCCCAGAACUACAGGGACAUACCUGGGGCCGUAUUGCUAUAAAGAAUCAGUUUGUAGCUUCCUUCCACAGUCUUCCGCGUCGAUUCGCCACGCAUCAGUAACCUACACAAAACUCAGCUGGACACCAUGUUACCGAACCACAGCCAACCUCCAUUCUUCCACCAGCAACACCACCCAACAGAGCACCUUCAGUCGGCCUCCCAGGACCCCGCGCAGCACGCAGCGUCGCUCCUCGACGCCGACCCGAGCACGUUGGGUUUCGAUUUCGACGACUUCGAAUCGAGCCCGAGCAAACAUCCCAGUCUAUCGUCUUCGCCGGUCUCGACGCAAUCGGUACUGUCUCAGUAUUCGAGCAUCGACUCUUCGCCUUUGUCCACCUUCGACAGCAUCCCCACCCCAACUCAGCUGUGCGAGGGUCCUUUGUUCCCUCCCCCGCCACAAAGCGGCCAAGCUGUCACCGGGCCAUCUGCACCGCUCUUCGCACAAUCCGGCGCGAUGCAAACGGAAGCGUGGGUGCCGAACGCCCACCAGGUGACUCCGCGAUCGGUCAGCCAUUUCUCGCACAAUCGAGAAUCGUCCCGGUCCUCGUUGGGAUCGAAUGGCCCGCUUUCGCCUUUCUCCCACAACUUCGCGAAUCCUCAGAUCGCCGUGAACGACUCGAUCGGGGACGCCUUCCCCGUCUUCCACGGUGCGGAUGAUUUCAACAAUUACCAGCUGGCGGCCAAGUCGCUCCCUGGUGUGACGCACGACAACUUCUACACCUCAACACCACCGUCUUACGGCGCCGCCGAUUCCGCAUCUUACCCCUACGUCGCUACGGCGCCGAGGCGCAGGAACGACCGUGGCCUGAUGCCGCCAUCAGACCACGCGACUGGAUCAAGCCGGUCACAGCCCGUGUCGGUGGCGAGUUCAAUAGCAUCUGACUCACCUGCCACGCCAGCUGGGGAGCCCGAAGAGGAUAAGCGGCACAAUACUGCAGCCGUCCCUGCCGUUCCGAAGCUCGGCCGCACCAUGACGGACGCCUUCAACGAUGAGCUCUUCAAUCCCAACUUCACGAUUACGUCUUCGUCGUCGGGUCCGACAUCGAUAUCGCCUACGAGCGACGUGUUCAACCAACGGUUGCAGGCCGCGAACAAUCAGCACCUGUCAGCGGUGACGAGUUCGUCAAUGUCGGCGACCUCUCGAGACCGGUCGCCGUUCCGCCAGGGUUCGCCGUUUGCUCACCUGCCGCUUCAUGAGCUCCCGCCAAGCAUUGGGUCGUCGCAGGCGCGAUUUGGCUCGGCGCAGCAGAUGCGGGAGCAGAGUAAGGCCUUGCACGACGCGCAAGCAAUGCAGCAACACAUCGCUCGGUCAACCGACACAUCCACGCCGCAGACGAUUUCGCCCAAGGACGCGAUGCUCGAGUUCCACGAGCCCGAUGGUGAAGCGAAUUUCCCGCUCUUCCCGCAGCAGAACACGACAGCAGGGUUCAACGCCGACGCGAUCAACAAGGCUGCUGCAGCCCACGGCCAGCAGCAGCCGGUGUUCCACGGACUGCCGAUGGACAACGGUGCCUUGAACAACUUCCUUGCCUCCUCAGUGCCGGGACCCGUUCCGGUACCGCAACACUACCCCUUCAUUCCUCAGCAACGGCCGCAGAGCGCAGUGCCAUCGGUGACCAACGAGUCGCCCGCGGCGACGAGACUCGGGUCGGCGGACACGGCGACGACGGAAUCUGCGCACAGCGGUACCCCGCAUAGGAUCGACGACACCCGGGCAAACGGUGGGACGUACACUUGUACCUACCACGGCUGCACGCAGCGGUUUGCAACACCUGCGCUGCUGCAAAAGCACAAGAGGGAGGGCCACCGGCAAGCGCACGGCCUCGGCGGAGUUCGGCGGCCGGAUGGGACGGGCAUGACUUCGAGUCUGCUGAACACGCAGGCUGGCCCGCACCGGUGCGACCGGCUGAACCCGAGCACUGGGAAACCAUGCAACGCGGUCUUUUCUAGACCGUACGACCUUACGCGGCACGAGGGGACCAUUCAUAACCCCAACAAGCAGAAAGUCCGGUGUGAUCUAUGCACCGAGGACAAGACCUUUAGCCGGGCGGACGCGCUCACUCGUCACUACAAAGUGUGCCAUCCGGAGAUUGAGUUCCCGGGAAAGCAGCGCCGGCGCGGAGGGCACAGCGACAACUGAAGUCUCAAACUUGGGCGACAGCGGUCGCUGCACGCUUGGCGCUUUGGGCUGCCGCACCUGACAGCGCAAACGGUUGCGCC